UGUGAGAAAGUGUUUGCAAGGCUUUAUAAUCUCAAAUCUCAUUCCAGAACUCAUACGGACGAGCGACCCUUUGUAUGCAGUAGCUGCAAAUUAGCAUUUUCACGGAACCAUGAUCUAAGAAGGCAUGUCAAGAUCCACAUAGGUGAUAAAGUUUUCAAGUGCGAUGGCUGCGGCAAAUCAUUUUCUCGCCUGGAUGCACUUGGUCGUCAU